AUGCCUCAAUCCAUAUUUCACCGCCGUAGGACAUCCUCAUCUUCGUCCUCGUCCUCGUCUUCAUCAAUAUCACCAACAAUAACAACAUCGAAGCCGCCUUCUGUCCUUCGCUACCUCCUGGUCAUACUUAAAGCCAAACCCACUCCAACAGCAUAUGCGAGCACAUCUUAUCAACAAGACGACAGUGACGAUGACGACAGCCUUUACCAUCCCAUGGAGUCGAAGGUACCAAGUCUAAGCGUGGUGCCUGCGGCUAUCAGCUCGUCGAGUAGUUUGGCCAUCGUUUCAACGAAGAGACCGGAUCGCUAUCGCCUGCCGAUGUGGAAUGCCCUCUCCUUCACGAAUCACGCCCACGAACUUUCGACAUGUCUCGGCCUAGUCCCGAGAGAGAUCAUGUGCGCCACGCCCAGUUGGUGGUUUUCCAUCUGCCCUCUCGCCAGGGAAGUACCAGCUUUGCAUCGUCGGAUGUGGCCUGGAGAUCCUUAUGCCACAAGCUUUAAUGGGAACCCUUUGUCAGGCGCCGGGGGCUCUAAUGUCGUAGGGUCGAUCAUUUGCGCAAGUUGGACUUGCAAACAGAGGUCGCUCUGGGACGAUGAUAUGAUUAUCGUCCUAUGA